CCCUUUAAUGCUCACGCAGUGGAAACAUAAGGUAAGGUAACAGUAUUAGUUGUCUAUCUUACUUCGUGCACAGCCGCAGUAAUCAAGAUAAACUACCUACUUGAUACUACGGUUACAGACUUGGCUUGGCUUGUUGACUAAAGGACUCAUAUAUGAAUGCUGAGAAACCCUCAACAUGAAUCAUUCAAUAUGUUUGGUAUUUCCAAUCAAUCCCACAGACAUAUAAAACUUGGAUGCAUUCGAUUUCGAAGUAACUCGUAUCAAUCUGACGACACCCUCAUAGCUUCACCCAAGCUCCGAAACGACUUAACCUAAAAUGCCUAAGUUUGAGCUGCCGCAUUCAGCAAGCGGUCUCCGCGUUGUGCCUGACUCUCGACUGGACUUACGGCCUGAAGCUGAAAUCAUAGACGAACUCCGUUCCUUUCGACCAAUCACUUCAGAGAAGAAUGUCUGGGCCUUCUGGGAUAAAGGAAUCGACUAUAUGUACCCAAGCUACAAACGCACUGUGGUGAACUGGGUAAGAAAACUUGGCAAAUCUUGGUCGGUCCGCCUGGUAGACCUUGUCGAAGACUCGCCAAACUACAUUUUCAACUACGUCUCUAAAGACUGGUUCCCCGAAUGCUUCGUGAACCGGACGAUGGACGGCAGACAUGCCGCACAACAUGCUGCUGAUCUCGUGAGGUUACCGUUGUUGUUUGAACACGGAGGUGUUUGGAUGGACGUCGGAAACAUGCUGCACACUCAUCUCGACCUCCUAUUCUGGGAUCAUCUCACAGCUCCGGAUACCCCUUAUGAGAUGGCAGUGUGGGUUAUCACCGGGCAGAUCCGAAAGCAAUGGGGCAGUUUCGGAAACUACAUGCUAGCAGCGCGAAAGGGCUGCAUCUUUAUCAAGAACUGGCAUGACGGGUAUAAGCAGCUGUGGAAAGGUCGCACUAACGCCGAUGGCUUCCAUAAAAUACCCCUAAUGCAGGACAUCGGGCUUGCUGAAGGAAUGGCCGACUGGAAUUUCGAGGAUAAGGUAAAAGAGAUGAGCGACUAUGUGGCACAGAUGCUGAUCGGCGACCGCACAAGAAAUCUGCUUGACCUGAACUCGGGUUGGAACGGACGCGAGUUCUACAAGAACAAAGUGUUCAUGGUGGAGGGAAUCCUGAACGGGGUACUAGGUGCGAUCAAGACAGACUACGACGGAGCAAAACAAGUAGAACUCUUUACGACGCGCCUCGACGACCCAGAUGAAGCAAAGAGGCAUACAGCCGAAGCCUUCGUCAUAGAGAUGCUGGAGAAAAGUCACAUGUAUAAAGUCUACCAUAACUCAGCGGGAGGACUCCCCGCGCUGGGGGAUCUCGUUAAAAGGAAGGAAUUCGUGGAUGCGGACCACAGGCCGGGGACUUUCGGCGAAAUGUAUAGAUACGGUACGGUCCACUGGGAGCCGACUCGCGGGGUGGGACGCCUAAUACCACAGAUCGAUGAGGAGGAGGAGCUGAUUCGGGCUACACCCACAACCCCAGCAUUGCAUGAGUAUAAAUGAGGGUUAGGGAUCAACUUAGACAUAGAGGAAGAUUCAAUGGUAUUUUACAAGAGAAGGCGUUGGUCCACUCCAAAAGAAGGGGGGGAGGAACC